AUUGGGAUUCUCACCGCCCUCUAAGCCACACACACUCAUGGACAUGAUACAGAGCGUAUAUUCAGUUCAGGGUGACACAGGAAAUGAAGUAAGAUGUCUUGAAACAGCAGCAACUGCACGGACACAAACAUCUCCUGUAAAUGCGGAAAACAACAAUGAUGAACAGAAAAGGCUUGAAAGGAGUUUUGCUGCUCACCUGUCUGUUUCUCACAGGUGUUUGGUGUAAAAACAAUGCAGCGUUUGUGUACAGCAGAAUUGGAGGUGACAUCCUCCUGCCAUGUUCCAACCUGAAGGCCUCAAACUGCUCCCUCAUCUCCUGGAGCUUCUACGGAGGAGUCCAGGUGCGUUUUACCUACGAGGUCAGAGGGGGGCAGAUGAGAGCAGACACAGACAAAGCCAAUCGCCUGUCUGUCACAUCAAACUGCUCUCUCCUCCUCCAUGACCUCAGGUUGGAUGACAUUGGCACCUACAGAUGCCUCUGGCAGGAAGAGCCCGUCUGCGAUGUUUACCUCUCUCUCCUCACCAUCACUGCUUUUUCGAAAAUCACUGACCUUCAUCCUGGAGGAAACCUCAUCCUCAGCUGCCACAUCUCUACAUUCUUUGAUUUAGGAAGCUGUAGGUCAUACUCCAAUGAGUUCAGACUCAGCUGGGUGAUGGAGAAUGGGACUGAGCUGCCCACAGAGAGCAGGUAUGAACUGAUUGCCCCCACACGUUGCAACAUCACUCUGGUCACAAAACUCCAGAGGGAGGACAACAACAGGAAGUGGAGAUGUCAGGUGAACCCCACAAACAACAGCAGAGUGGCAUUUCAGGACUUCACAUCUGCAUUUUUGUUCGAAAAUCCUUCCACAGACGAGGAUCCGAUUCCCUCACCUGUCAGGGACUGUGAGGUCCAGCUGCCCAUCAGCAGCAUUGUGCUCUGCGUGGCUCUGCCAAUAAUGGUGAUCAUCGUGGGAUUCUUCACAUGGAGAAAAGACAGUGUAAGAGGCAAAGCAUUGGCAGAUGCAGGAAUUUAGCUGACCAGUCAUCACUGUAUUUGUUCAUUCAGUUCUGUAUAUUUGCCUCAACUGUGUUGUUUUUGUUUACCUCUUUCUUAUACAUACUGUAAUUUGAACGUUGAGUCUGGCAAAUGUCAUUAAAAUCAUACCUAUUCGAAAAUCAA